AUGCUUUAAGUUUUGCGAGGAGUAUAUAUUGCAAGACAUUAAUUGGUGAUACUGUAAUAAUAUGGAUUCUGAAGCCUGAAGAGUGAAGAUAAGCUCUUAAUUGUCAAUAUAUAUUCCCAUAUUUCUUUCCAAAAGGUUUAUGUUCUGUCGUCUUUGGUCGCUGCAAUGCAAUGGCAUUUGACCUGUAGAAACUUCCUUUUUGCAAAAUCGUAUGUCCUCAAGGUCUCUGUUACAAAAGGGACAUCACAAAACAAGCACGGCAGCGCUUAUUAAUAUAUUAAUUUAUAUGCUAAAAGGCCCCUACCAAACUGGAACAGCAGAUUUGAACCCUUUCCCUUCUCCAGCACGCGCGCAAGCGGCUCUCACUUGUCCGCCGCCGCCGCCGCCGCCGCCGGAGGGAUGGAUUCCCGCGGAUUCGAUUCGGCCGGCCGCAUCUUCAGCAACGCGACAGAGAUGUGGGCGGAAGAGAUCGGCUCCACCGUCACCGUCACCGCCACGACCUCUGCCGCCGCGGAAGUUGAAGCCGCCGCAACCGCCGCCGCUGCAGGCAACGGUGGCGCCGGGGAGGAGGCGAGCGGCGAAGGGAAGCGAAAGGAGUGGUACUCCAAGGCUAUCGCCUACUGGCAAGGCGUGGAGGCGUCGACCGAGGGGGUCCUGGGAGGGUACGGGUGCGUGAACGACGCAGACGUCAAGGGCAGCGACGCGUUCCUCUGCCCUCUCCUAGCCGAGCGGUUCGGCACCGCGAAGCGUCAUCUCGUGGCCCUUGACUGUGGCUCAGGUAUUGGACGUGUUACAAAGAAUUUUCUUCUCAGACAUUUCAAUGAGGUUGAUCUUGUCGAACCAGUAUCUCAUUUUCUUGAAGCAGCACGGGAAAAUCUUACUGGAUAUAUGGACCAAGGAGAAGACUCACACAAGGCUGCUAACUUUUACUGUGUGCCUCUUCAGGACUUUACUCCUGAGGAAGGAAGAUAUGAUGUGAUAUGGAUUCAGUGGUGCAUAGGGCAACUUCCUGAUGAUGAUUUUAUUUCAUUUUUUAAUCGUGCCAAGGUUGGGCUCAAACCUGAUGGAUUUUUUGUUCUGAAAGAGAACAUUGCGAGAAAUGGAUUUGUGUUAGACAAGGUGGAUAACAGUGUCACUAGAUCCGAUCAAUACUUUAGGGAGCUAUUCAAAAAGUGUGGAUUAUAUAUCCUCAGUGUUAAGGACCAGAAGGAGCUUCCGAAGGAACUAUUUGCUGUCAAAAUGUAUGCACUUGUGACCAGUCAACCAAAAAUACAGAAUAGUGGAAAGAGAAGGCGACCUAAAAACUCACCUCGAAUGAUCCGCUCUUGAAAAAUGCCCCUGUUCGGUGGGCUGAUGGGCCAACUCAUUUGUCUGAUCAUGUAUUGACUAGUGUCAAAGUUUCUAGGACAUCAAUUUCGCAGUCUCAGUUUUGUUUCAUAUACAAGCUAAAAUUUUCUUUGAGAUAAUUUGUACUUCUAAAUCUCAACUGAUGUUGUAUCGCCUGGCUACUAUUUUUGAAAUACAUGAUCUAUGCAGAGUGCAUGUUCACAUUAUUCUGAGAGGAAUAUGCUAAAGUUCUGAAUCAAA